AUCCGUCCUUCGUCGCCGCCCGCCCAGGCCCUUCGUCGCCGCCCGCCCAGGCCCGUCCGCGCCGCCCGCCAUCCCGCGCUCCGCCCGCCCGCCGCGCCAUGACGGACCGCUACACCAUCCACAGCCAGCUGGAGCACCUGCAGUCCAAGUACAUCGGCACGGGGCACGCCGACACCACCAAGUGGGAGUGGCUGGUGAACCAGCACCGCGACUCGUACUGCUCCUACAUGGGCCACUUCGACCUGCUCAACUACUUCGCCAUCGCCGAGAACGAGAGCAAGGCGCGCGUCCGCUUCAACCUGAUGGAGAAGAUGCUGCAGCCCUGCGGGCCGCCCGCCGACAAGCCCGACGAGUCCUGACCCCCCGUCCUCCUGGUGCCGGCCCUCUCUCCUGUGUGGUUCCCGCGAAGGACUGACCGGGAGAAGCCUCGCAAAAUGCCUGCUUCUGGACUCUGACUGUGCAGUCGUUCGCCCUUUUUCAGGUGGAAUAUAAUAAAGCUUCCUGAUCGUUCCUAA